UAAACAAGUACAGAAAGUGUAAAUAAAUAACAAAAUAAAAUACAAGAAGCAAAAAAAGGAGAAUGUUUCUACGUUUUUAACUAUUUUGUGUAAGUUUAUAGAUAGAUGUUAUAAAAUUUAAUAUAAAAUAUAGCGAAGUAAAGUUAUCAACAAUGCCCAAAGUAGUAUCUAGAAGUAUUGCUUGUUCUGAUACAAAAGAUCAAGAGGAAUAUGGAGAUGAAAAACCCUUACAUAUUUAUUACUGUCUGUGCGGCCAAAUGACUCUUAUUUUAGAUUGUUCUAUAGAGAAGCUUCCACUGCGUAAACGUGAUGGUGCAAGGGUUCUAGAUGGAACAAAUCAUGCUCAUAAAAUAACAUGCGAUUCAGACGAGACAGUGUAUCUGAAAAGACCAGAAGGGAUUGAAAGACAAUUUAGAUUGAAAUGUAAAAAAUGUGGGUUACUGCUGUACUACAAACACGAAGCUCAGAGUCCUGUAAGUUUCAUAGUGCGGGGAUCUCUGAUUACAUCUACUAACGAAGGACCGAUUACAGAUAUCUAUAACCAAGUUGCUGUAGAGAAACCGAAGAAAAUUAUGGUCACAAAACACACUAAAAAUAUGGGAAAAUUCAGUUCAGUAACAGUCUCGACAAUUGACGAGGAAGAGGACGAAAUUGAAGCUAGAGAAGUAGCUGAUAGUUAUGCAAACAAUGCAAGAAUUAUCGAAAAACAAUUAGAAAGAAAAGGAACAAACAAAAGGAAACAAGAACAGAAUAAGGCACAAGAAAUUAAGAAAGUUCGAGGCACAUUAAUUGAUAAAUGACUUGAUACUAGUUGUGAUAAUUUUUUAAACAUUAUAUAGAAAUAAUCUUAAUAUUUAUUAGAUUAUUAUUAGGGUGUAAAUAAAUGAAUAAAAUA